CAGGCUCAACCUUACUUAGACAUCGUCCCACCGUUUCCCAAAGCAGCGGGGCGUCCACUUGACAACUUCCACGGGGCCACAAAAGACAAAAAUAAAAAGGAAAUUUCUCAACAAGGCAAUGGUGGUCGAAGGACCUGUUGUUUGUAUUGGUUCUAUAGGAUUCGACCCUACCUUCUUGUACGAUGGGACUGUUUCAACGGUCUUCCCAUCGUACGCAGCCACAGCAUCUUCAGCAACAAUACGCAAGCGACGGACGCCAUGCCCAUGUACUCGGUCUCACCCAGGAUGAACAACAAGAGAACCGAAAGCCGUCGUCCCAAUCUGUAGCCAGCUCCAAGAGGAGAGGAUUGCUCGGAGGUCUGAUACGAGGAAGAAAUGAUCGUCAGUCGCACCAACAAGAACAAGACGAAGAAUUUUCUCCUCCUCACUACCAAAUUCCCUUCCCGCAACAGCAACAGCAACAGCAACAGCAACAGCAACAGCAACAGCAACAAACAGUGCAAAACCCACAGGCCCCGUUGGCCCCAUCGCCUCUUCAAAAUGUACCCGCCGUGAAUUCUACGACACAUAGAGAACUGAGACAAAAGCUACAAGAGGCACAAAAAGUAGAAGCCUUCUUGGCACAAGCUGGAACCUUCAAGCCAACCAUUGGAGGCUCGGAUAUUGAGUUUCUCUUCAAUCACAUUGCCACGCCGACGGCAGCUCGUCAUGAAGCCGCUGCCAAGCGAAACCAUGAAGGGACGCUCAAACAUCAUCCAAGAAGGACUACUAGACAUCAGGGGGACAAUGAAGAUCGCGGGGAGCAUAAUAUGGGGAGGGCAGGAAAACUAAAUGGGUACAUCAACUCGGGGGAACCUCAGAACCCCUUUCAUAAUAGGCCACAACAUCACCGACAACAGCAACCAAGCGUCUUGCCAGGAGGAACCGUAGCUCGUAGAAGAACACAAUUCACAAAUGGCGUUACUACGGGAAAAGACGAAGGGCUCUAUGAUGAUACCAACACAAUACAGCAUGCUCGCACACCGCAACAUGUACUAACCAACCCUCAAAUACAAUCCUGGGUAGAAUCAAGCCAUCAUGAUACACAUAGUGUAGGAGACAGUUUGCAUAGCAAGCGAUCUAGAACAAGCGGCAAAAUGAGUGGUAGACGAGGAGGACUUUUCUCCCAACGAUCUGAUCUGGACGCCUUUGAAUCGGAAGAGGCAUACUACAAUGCCAUGAAAGCUUUGGACGAAGGAAGACAGUUUCAGAACGUCUCGAAUGCAUUUGUACAGCACUUUAACAAGGGAAGCCACAGCAACGAUGCCAAGAGCCAAUCUUCCCACAAGUCUAGACGUUCCCGGGCAUCCAAAGGAGGGACCGUUCCACAAUCGCCAUCUGCUCACACCACCACUGGAAAGUCAGUACUAACGAAUGAUGUCGUCUCGCACAAGUCGCGGGGAAGUGCCAGCCACAGGUCUGCUGCUACCGGAAAAGACAGCAAUGAUACGCCAUUGAAAGGCAUUCUACGAACAAAUGGCAGGUUUGGAGGAGCCACCUCGGUCAAAUCUGGUGGCAACGCAGAAGGUGAAUCCGUAAAGCCACAAGGCAGCGAAGAAAAAGAAGAGGGUGGUUUUGAUGUAUACAUGUCUGGUUCGGGGGAUGAAAUGUUUAUUGGGAUACGACCUUCCAGCAGUAGUGAGUCGUCAGGACUCUAUACCGAUGAACACGAGCUCAUCGAGCUACGGCAAUGUUUGAAGUCAUCGUCACAGGAUGAAGUGGCUGGAGGAAAUGGUAGUGAGGCUCGUCCCUCAGACGAGCGUCGAGAAGGGGUUCAAUCAUCUUCACAUGAUAGGCCAAUAAGGGGGCAGCGAGAACGGUCAGCUUCGCAGCCACGACAAUUUCAGAUACCCGAGCGCCCCAUUCCAAAAAAGGAAACCCACCUGGAAAAGUCUCAGGAUGAGCAGCCAGAGAUGUACACUGAGAAUAGCAAAUCCGUCUCUAACGACCUGGGCAUACAAGAGGUCAACUCUGACAACAGUGACGUGUUGAAGACCGUCCAAGAUCGAUUCACAGACAUGCUCACCACUCAGGCCCAGAAGAUUGAAGAAAUGAAGAAAUCUCUCUUGUCAACAUUAUCACCUGCUCCAGAGCCACCAAAGCAACAGGGGGCAGUCUCAACGUCUGGUUCAGAUGAGGGCAAAAAGCAACCCGAGUCUGUCUCACACUCACUGACAUGUAGUGGGAGUGGUACUACCAACGAUGAAGGUGAAAGAAACGAGAUAGUUGUUGAAACUGUUACAACCGACAAGCAGGAUGAGUUAUACAGAGAAAUGAUGAAUGCAGAUGGUCAAAACAUUGGGGUUGCGGCCUUCAAUUUAAUCAGGGAAAGGUCUGCUACCACUGAGGGUCAAAACGUAGAAUCUGAGGCACAGGAUCUUAGUACGGAAACGUCUCGCGAGGAAAGCGGAAAUGUUACCAAGACAGUUGAAUACUUUCAGCAAAAGCGAGCCAUGCAGAGAGCAGAAUCACAAAAGCUCAUGUCCCAGCCGCAAUUCAAUGGUGAGACAAAGCCACGUAGCAACCAUUCGAGGUCCAAUCCGCCGAUGGAAAGCAACAUAAACAAAGUCGAGGCUUUAACGAAGAGCAAUCACUCCAGAACAAAUAUUGGAAUGGAACGACAUAGAAGCAUAUUGCAAGAAGAUGAUGACGACCCAAGCCAUGCAGAUGUCGACAUCAAUCCAAGCGAUAGCAGCGGCGAAGUGAGAGAAAAUCUGCGGCAAUACUGGGAAAGUCACAGUGAAGGCAACAGUAAACACAAACGGCCCGGGGGUGCUGUCCCUAGCGGCCAUAUGGGGUUGGUUCUCCCAUCUUCUCAUCCAGCGAAGUCAGCGACCGGUACAAAACAACAGGAUGAAGACAGUCGCUACGACGACGACCCGCCGGCUAUCGACAAGGGUUCUUCCCUUCCAGACAAUCCUGCCAUGGAUGGGGUUGUCUUUUCGAUUGAAUCGGAAGAUGAUUCGCUCUUGAGAGACGAUCAGUUUUCGGAAAACGAUCAGCCGUUGUCUCGCAAUCCUUCUCGAAUGCUGUAUGAUGGGCCAGUCCCUUCUGCAAAGUCCUCGUUUUCCAUGGCUCGUUCUAGACAGCUUUCGCUUGUCGAUAGUCUCUUGUCAGAGGAUGACACGAUGUCCACCGUGACAACUGACAUCAUGAACAACAAUCUGACUGGCAGUGUCGAUCAGGAGCAACUUGGUUCGCUAAUCAAUCGCCUAAACGACAUCGAACGGAGGAAAGCUUUGGCCGGGGAAGAGCCAAGCGUCGACCAAACAAUCGCAGGUGAGAUUAGUGAGAUUAAAUCGUUGCUUCAAGGAUUGAAAGCCCAAAAUGGCAGAAGAAUCAGUCAGCAAGACCCGCCUCCUGAUGCUUCGAAUCAUAAGAGGGAUGCACCAGGCCAGAUCAAAAGAGAUGCUCCUGAUAAGUACGAUCGCGAUGCACCGCAUGAUCUUAUGCAAAACACCUCUUCGGGUUCAUCCACGGCUUCGUCGGGCUACGUUAAGGGGAAACUACAUCAACCUGAUCCUGAUCCCGAAAGAUUCAAUGCCAAUCCGACAACUCCGCGGUCAGCCAAAACCAAAAACGCCGCCACAAGCGCUCCUAGAAAUUCUGCUUUGCACAGGACACCUACGUUUGCCGGUGAUGGCAAGGGCACCCGUAACCAACGGAAUUGUAGAACAGCUCCACAGCCUUCUCGCAUGCAACCAGACCGUGGCAACCAGGAUCCUCGACAACUUUUCAAACCAGAAGAUCUGCAGGGUGUAGACUGGCCGGCUGAUGUUUCCACUACUGUUUCGGUAAAGGAUAGAGUGCGGCAGUUUCAGGGAUCAAAUGCUAGCAACAUUGGGAACCAAGCUGUUCAGAAUAGAGGGUCUAUGCAAGGAGUGGAACAGACUUAUUCACAAUACGGUCACAAUGCACAGCGAGACCCUGUUGGAACUUUGGAGUACAGGCCAAGCGGUGGAGACAACAGCAGUUAUCUUGCAGGACACGCAUCACAUGUGCAUCACGCUGGAUCUCAAUUUGACGUAGCGCAAACUCAGUCGCAAUUUGGCCGUCAUGCAAGCAGCCAAACAGUCUCUUCGCAGCAGCACGUUGCAACUCAUAACAAGACUGGAGAAAAUAGAAGCUACAUCGGGAGCCAGGCAUCCGUUCAUCACAUAGGAUCACAAUCACAAUAUGGUGUCGAGCACACACAGUCCCAAUACGGGCGCAACGCUGGGGACCACAGCAGCAAUAUUGGAAGUCAUAUGUCAUACGGGGGGCAGGUUGUUGGAUCACAGCAUGGCAUGCAUGCUGUUGGAUCACAGCAUGGCAUGCAACAAGCGAAUUCUCAGUAUGGCCACCAGACAGGAAUGCAUGGAAGUCAGAUUGGCAAUGCUCGAAAUAGUCCAGCACCCUCCUCUGUGCAUCAUCAGCACGCGGGAAUGCAUGCGAGCCAGGUCGGAAAUGCUCGAAGUCAAACGCCCUCUGCACAUAAUCUACAGCAAGGAGCUCCGCGGUACCAGCAGUCCUCACAGCAUCCUGCAAGUUAUCAAACUGGACAUCACCCAGUUGCCUCGAAUUUGCACCCUCAUCCUGCAGCUCAUCAGAUUUUGCGUCAACACUCACCUGCUACGCCAAGCAACAUGGACGAGUUCUUUUAUUCUCGGACUGAAUCAGACCUGACAACUUCAGUUGCACUAGAAAGCCACAACAACAAAUCAAAUGGACCUCGCCAACACAAAUCGAGCCGAGCAGCGACAUACUUUGAUACGCUUUCAGCUGGUGUGAAAACGGGUGGAUCCUUUGACAGUGUGAGUGACAGGUAUUCGUCGAGCACAGAGAGCAAAAAGACACGUGAGAGCACCAUAUGUCAAACGAAAACUACGACGAGCGAAAGCACAAUCGGCAGUGUCAGUGCAAGUGCUUCGAAAGAUGACUCUAGGAGCACAGUUCCGAGGAAAGACAAAGGGUUCCGUUCUCGCAUCUUUCGUAAUGCAAAGACUCAUAUAGAAAAGAUGGGCGAGAAUGGCGACAUCAGCGAACCAUUCAAGGCCAGGGUAUUGCGAGUUAUGGAUCCACUUGUUGGGAAAUCAUCAGACGAAGAAAGCGAGGACCUUUCGACAAUUCGAGAGGGAAAGGAAAAUGAACAGGAAUCGUCACCAAAUAAGGGAUAUCUUCCAUCUUGCCACUUUUUCUGUGGAUAGCAAGCUUCUGUGGAUAGAAAGUUUCUUUAGUAUUGACCACAAGUCUAUUCAUAGAAGGUGACGUGGGUCGGUCGUACGCUCUGCACUGUCCGGGGAUACAAUUUUGAAUGUACUGAUAGCUAAUACUGUUCAUGUCAAUAAAAAGGUAGUUUCAGCCUCAACAUUGUAUUAUUAGAGUGCAUUGUACUUUUGAAGCGAACCACAACAGCCUCAAGAGUGGAUUGAGGGAUCAACAUGAACAACAAGCAUUAUUUCUAACAGCAAUUUACAACGAGCUCUGAUUGCACGGGCAAUUUGUGUAAAGGGUGGGAAAAAGAAAGACCAGCUAAAGACCAGCAAAACUAGCUAUAUAACAAUUAGAUCAUAAUCGUGGCAAGAGCCACCACAGCCAUUCCAACAACCAUUGAAAAUUGCGCGGCAUUGGCAUUGGAAGAAUAGUCAUGGCUGGGA